AUGGCGCCAAAGAGCGAUACGCCACAUGUGUUACCACCAAAGAAUCUUGACCCAGAAUUAAUUAGUGAUCUUGGUCCAUUACUUUCGGCUAUAGACUCUCCUCUUCAUUAUGGAGCUGCUUAUGCAUUCCUUUAUCUUUUCGUUUCUUUAUGCCCCAGAAGUACUCCUGGGGGUUUAACGUUCACUAUGAGAUCAACCCUUCCAAUAGGGGCAGGUCUAGGUUCCUCUGCUUCUAUGUCUGUUUGCCUUGCAUCAGCAUUUGGAUAUAUUGGAGGCCAUAUUAAGGAGGCGACAUUUUACCGGGAUAGUAAAAUAACAAACGAUUCCGAUGAAUGCAACUUUAUCGAUAAAUGGUCAUUCAUGGGGGAAAAAUGCAUUCAUGGAAACCCAAGUGGGAUUGAUAACGCAGUCGCUUCACACGGCGGUGCAGUGAUGUUUCAAAGAAGAGGUAACUCUCUCCCAAGUGUCAGAACAGCAAUGAGAAAUUUGCCACCGAUGAAUCUCCUUCUUACCAAUACCAAAACUCCCAGAAGAACUGCGACAUUAGUGGCAAACGUUUCUAAGCUUGUGGCAGACUAUCCUAAGAGUACGGCUCAUAUAUUAGAUGCUAUGGAAGAUAUAGCUAGAGAAGCAUAUAAUCUGAUGCUUAGACCAUUUUUAAAUGCCAAUGGUAAGGAUGAACUUUUAAAGUUAAUUAGGAUUAAUCAUGGGCUGCUUGUUUCACUUGGUGUUUCACAUCCAAAUUUGGAACGUAUUAAAUUAAAUUGUGACGAACUGCAUGUUGGUGAGACAAAGCUUACCGGUGCUGGUGGAGGUGGUUGUGCUAUUACGCUUUUGAGAGAUGGCAUUAAGCCAGAAGUUCUGACAGAAUUGGAAAACAGACUCGAAAAACUAGGAUUCGAAAGCUUUAAAGCGACGCUGGGCGGAAAAGGUGUUGGAUUACUGACAACCAACGAUUCUGCUCUUUUAAAAAACAUGACGGUGAAGAAUUUUAUUAAUUUCAAAUCAAGAGACAAUAUUGAAGAAUCCAUUGGAUGCACUUAUGUGGGAGAUUGGAGAUAUUGGUGA